GGGGGGGGGGGGGGGGGGGGGGGGGGGGGGGGGGGGGGGGGGGGGGGGGGGGGGGGGGGGGGGGGGGGGGGGGGGGGGGGGGGGGGGGGGGGGGGGGGGGGGGGGGGGUGGGGGGGGGGGGGGGGGGGGGGGGGGGGGGGGGGGGGGGGGGGGGGGGGGGGGGGGGGGGGGGGGGGGGGGGGGGGGGGGGGGGGGGGGGGGGGGGGGGGGGGGGGGGGGGGGGGGGGGGGGGGGGGGGGGGGGGGGGGGGGGGGGGGGGGGGGGGGGGGGGGGGGGGGGGGGGGGGGGGGGGGGGGGGGGGGGGGGGGGGGGGGGGGGGGGGGGGGGGGGGGGGGGGGGGGGGGGGGGGGGGGGGGGGGGGGGGGGGGGGGGGGGGGGGGGGGGGGGGGGGGGGGGGGGGGGGGGGGGGGGGGGGGGGGGGGGGGGGGGGGGGGGGGGGGGGGGGGGGGGGGGGGGGGGGGGGGGGGGGGGGGGGGGGGGGGGGGGGGGGGGGGGGGGGGGGGGGGGGGGGGGGUGGGGGGGGGGGGGUGGGGGGGGGGGGGGGGGGGGGGGGGGGGGGGGGGGGGGGGGGGGGGGGGGGGGGGGGGGGGGGGGGGGGGGGGGGGGGGGGGGGGGGGGGGGGGGGGGGGGGGGGGGGGGGGGGGGGGGGGGGGGGGGGGGGGGGGGGGGGGGGGGGGGGGGGGGGGGGGGGGGGGGGGGGGGGGGGGGGGGGGGGGGGGGGGGGGGGGGGGGGGGGGGGGGGGGGGGGGGGGGGGGGGGGGGGGGGGGGGGGGGGGGGGGGGGGGGGGGGGGGGGGGGGGGGGGGGGGUGGGGGGGGGGGGGGGGGGGGGGGGGGGGGGGGGGGGGGGGGGGGGGGGGGGGGGGGGGGGGGGGGGGGGGGGGGGGGGGGGGGGGGGGGGGGGGGGGGGGGGGGGGGGGGGGGGGGGGGGGGGGGGGGGGGGGGUGGGGGGGGGGGGGGGGGGGGGGGGGGGGGGGGGGGGGGGGGGGGGGGGGGGGGGGGGGGGGGGGGGGGGGGGGGGGGGGGGGGGGGGGGGGGGGGGGGGGGGGGGGGGGGGGGGGGGGGGGGGGGGGGGGGGGGGGGGGGGGGGGGGGGGGGGGGGGGGGGGGGGGGGGGGGGGGGGGGGGGGGGGGGGGGGGGGGGGGGGGGGGGGGGGGGGGGGGGGGGGGGGGGGGGGGGGGGGGGGGGGGGGGGGGGGGGGGGGGGGGGGGGGGGGGGGGGGGGGGGGGGGGGGGGGGGGGGGGGGGGGGGGGGGGGGGGGGGGGGGGGGGGGGGGGGGGGGGGGGGGGGGGGGGGGGGGGGGGGGGGGGGGGGGGGGGGGGGGGGGGGGGGGGGGGGGGGGGGGGGGGGGGGGGGGGGGGGGGGGGGGGGGGGGGGGGGGGGGGGGGGGGGGGGGGGGGGGGGGGGGGGGGGGGGGGGGGGGGGGGGGGGGGGGGGGGGGGGGGGGGGGGGGGGGGGGGGGGGGGGGGGGGGGGGGGGGGGGGGGGGGGGGGGGGGGGGGGGGGGGGGGGGGGGGGGGGGGGGGGGGGGGGGGGGGGGGGGGGGGGGGGGGGGGGGGGGGGGGGGGGGGGGGAUUGGGGGGGGGGGGGGGGGGGGGGGGGGGGGGGGGGGGGGGGGGGGGGGGGGGGGGGGGGGGGGGGGGGGGGGGGGGGGGGGGGGGGGGGGGGGGGGGGGGGGGGGGGGGGGGGGGGGGGGGGGGGGGGGGGGGGGGGGGGGGGGGGGGGGGGGGGGGGGGGGGGGGGGGGGGGGGGGGGGGGGGGGGGGGGGGGGGGGGGGGGGGGGGGGGGGGGGGGGGGGGGGGGGGGGGGGGGGGGGGGGGGGGGGUGGGGGGGGGGGGGGGGGGGGGGGGGGGGGGGGGGGGGGGGGGGGGGGGGGGGGGGGGGGGGGGGGGGGGGGGGGGGGGGGGGGGGGGGGGGGGGGGGGGGGGGGGGGGGGGGGGGGGGGGGGGGGGGGGGGGGGGGGGGGGGGGGGGGGGGGGGGGGGGGGGGGGGGGGGGGGGGGGGGGGGGGGGGGGGGGGGGGGGGGGGGGGGGGGGGGGGGGGGGGGGGGGGGGGGGGGUGGGGGGGGGGGGGGGGGGGGGGGGGGGGGGGGGGGGGGGGGGGGGGGGGGGGGGGGGGGGGGGGGGGGGGGGGGGGGGGGGGGGGGGGGGGGGGGGGGGGGGGGGGGGGGGGGGGGGGGGGGGGGGGGGGGGGGGGGGGGGGGGGGGGGGGGGGGGGGGGGGGGGGGGGGGGGGGGGGGGGGGGGGGGGGGGGGUGGGGGGGGGGGGGGGGGGGGGGGGGGGGGGGGGGGGGGGGGGGGGGGGGGGGGGGGGGGGGGGGGGGGGGGGGGGGGGGGGGGGGGGGGGGGGGGGGGGGGGGGGGGGGGGGGGGGGGGGGGGGGGGGGGGGGGGGGGGGGGGGGGGGGGGGGGGGGGGGGGGGGGGGGGGGGGGGGGGGGGGGGGGGGGGGGGGGGGGGGGGGGGGGGGGGGGGGGGGGGGGGGGGGGGGGGGGGGGGGGGGGGGGG